UAUGGCAGAAGCCUCCCCGUCUCCCUCCGUGUCCCCUGUGGGGGAGCUGGAUAUAGACCCGGACUUCGAGCCCCAGAGCCGGCCCCGCUCCUGCACGUGGCCCCUGCAGCGGCCCGACUCCCAAGUCAGCCCUGGCAAGCCUUGCCGCGGAGAGGUCGGGGACUCGUCCUCCUCUAUCAUCCCGGAGGAGGACGACGAUGACGAGGAGGUGGCGGCUGCCUCCGCUGCUGUAGCCGGUGAGCCGUUGGAACGACGAACGGUGGUGCUGGUGAGCGGAGGUGAAGGGGGGACCAUGACCGUGCUGGCGUCCCCGGUUGGCGGGGCGGAGGCGGCGCAGGCUCCGCUGGGAGGUGCCGGAGGAGCGGGAAGCGGAGCGGCCGGCCAGCAGCGGAAGUGCUCGUCCCGCAGGAACGCCUGGGGCAACAUGUCUUAUGCAGACCUCAUCACCAGGGCCAUAGAGAGCUCCCAGGACAAGAGGCUCACCCUGUCCCAAAUAUACGACUGGAUGGUCCGCUCCGUGCCCUACUUCAAGGACAAGGGGGACAGCAACAGCUCGGCGGGGUGGAAGAACUCAAUUCGGCACAACUUGUCUCUGCACAGUAGAUUUAUUAGAGUUCAGAAUGAAGGCUCUGGAAAAAGCUCAUGGUGGGUGAUUAACCCAGAAGGAGGAAAAGGCGGAAAAGCACCUAGAAGACGUGCUGCUUCAAUGGAUAACAGCAACAAAUACACAAAGAGCAGGGGGAGGGCAGCUAAGAAAAAGGCAUCUAUGCAGGGUGCUCAGGACUCUACAGAUGACAACUCGCAACUUCCUAAAUGGCCCGGGAGCCCCACAUCCCGCAGCAGUGACGAGCUGGAUGCCUGGACAGAUUUCCGCUCCCGCACAAACUCUAAUGCAAGUACAAUAAGCAGUCGUUUGUCACCUAUUCCAGCAAACGCCGAGCUAGAUAAUGUUCCGGAUGAUGAAUCACCCUUGUCUCCCAUGCUUUAUAGCAGCCCGGGUAGUCUGUCUCCAUCCUUAAGUAAACCAUGCACAGUGGAGUUGCCCAGGAUUACUGAUAUGGCUGGAACCAUGAACUUAAAUGAUGGACUAUCAGAGAAUAUCAUGGAUGACCUGCUGGAUGACAUUUCCCUCACUCCUUCUCAGCAGACAUCUCCUGGUGUUCACAUGCAAAGAAGUUCCAGUUUUACAUAUGGCACUAAGGGCUCUCCUUCUGGUAGCUUCAGCAACACUAGUAGCUUCAACUUUCCUUUAACCUCCCUGCGUCAGUCACCAAUGCAAACCAUCCAAGAGAAUAAGCAAGCAAUGUUUCCUUCCAUGAACCAUUACAGCAACCAGUCCCUGCAGGAUCUAUUAACCACUGAUUCACUCAGCCAUAGCGAUGUACUAAUGACGCAGUCUGAUCCACUCAUGUCCCAAGCCAGUACUGCCAUAACUGCCCAGAAUGCCCGAAGGAAUAUUAUUCUAAGGAAUGAUCCCAUGAUGUCAUUUGCAGCACCCUCCAACCAAGGGGCUAAUCAGAACUUGCUCCACCACCAGCAUCAGUCCCAUAAUUCUUUUCCUGGUGGCAGCCGUGCCUUGUCAAACAGCAUAAGUAACAUAGGCUUAAAUGAUAGUAACAACCUGGAUGCAUCCAAACACCAGCAGCAGUCUUUAGUCAGUCAUUCUAUGCAAACCCUCUCGGACACGCUCUCAGGAUCCUUGUAUUCCACAGGCAUGAGCCUUCAAGUGCAUGAAAAGUUCCCAAGUGACUUGGACCUGGAUAUUUUCAAUGGGAGCUUGGAAUGUGACAUGGAGACUAUCAUACGCAAUGAACUAAUGGAUGCAGAUGGGCUGGAUUUUAACUUUGAUUCCCUCAUCUCCUCCCAGAAUGUCAGUUUAUCUGUGGGAAAUUUCACAGGUGCUAAGCAGACGUCAUCACAGAGUUGGGUGCCGGGCUGAUGAAUGUCUGAGAAGACUGAGCUGCCAGGCCCAGGAACUGACAAUUGACCCUAAAAUUGAAACCCUUUGCCAAAACUGCUGUCAGCAAGUGGACAGUGACUCUGUUUACAGCUAAUAACCUUUUCAUGAAAACUGCAUCAUUCUCCUCAACUUACAAAGACUGUUAACUGAAACCCCUAUCACCCCAAGUACAGGCCCUUCCAGGAUUUUAUUAUAUAUAUUUUUUUCCCAACUUCUUUUUUUCACUUAUGCAAAUUCAUCUUCACAGGAUGAAACGAAAGGAACCUGCAGUAGGGAGUAUGAUGUAAUCGUGAUACAGUUGUCCUGUAAACAGCCUUAUAACGCAGAAAUUAGAAAGAGCUGAGAAGCCAAGCUUGUUCAGAAGUCUCGACUUAACCUUCCCAGCCCAGAAGUGGUUAAUAUUCUAUACAAUGUUAACGCUUUGUAUACCAGAGAGGAGCCAAAAUAUUGUUCAUCUGCCUGGUAUUUUAAGGGAGAUGGUGUUGAAUAUGUAUGUAUUUUGGUUUUUUGUUUAAUUUUUAAGUGGCUAGUUGAUUUCUUCCCCCCAUAUAAGUAGAUAUUUUUAACUGGUAAGCAUUCAUAUAAGCUAACUGAUGACCCAAGUGUGUUCUGCCGCCUUCUUUCUGUCUAAGACUCAGUUUUCCAUGGAAAAGACUAUUUACUUAACAUUUUGAUUUCCGUUUCAAACCUACCUGUAUUUUUAUGAAACAAUGAGGCAAUUCAGGGAUAAACAUAUGUUGCUGACAUGGUACUACUUCUUGUCAUCCCCAAUCCAGAUGUACACUGCUGUAUUUUACUAAUAUAUAUCCUGAAAAGUGGAGUUUUUACAAUUUCCUUUUAUGGUCCUAGUUUUAUUCUCUCCUGCUUUCUCUUUUCCUAGUGUUUUCUGUUGCUUUUUUUGUUUGUUUGUUAUGUACCAAAUAUGUCUGGAAAGGGUUUGCGAAACAGCCGUCAAAACAAUGCAGCUGUUGUUAAUAGGCUAGGAGAUGUAUACUAAAGUGUCUGUACAUUCAAGGGCACUACCUGGGUCUUCCAUGGGCUCACACUAUAAGAACAAUCCAUCCUGCAAAUCCAGAGCCCAUAUACCGGAAUAAUAAAAUGAUCCUACAGUGA